AUUAAAAAAUACAAAACAAAACCUAACUCUUUCUCUUUCUCUCUCAAUUCUUGUAGCCGCCCAUCUCCAGCAACCUCCGCAGAAGAGUCGACGGAAACUCCCCCACUCGCAAACGACGACGGCGCAACUUCUCCCCCAGCUCCUCUCUCGCAAACGGCAACAACGUAGGUAUUGAAUUGAUCCUCUAAUGGUUUGAGAAAAUGACAAUUAUUGAGCCAUCAACAGCUCAGACCAAGAGAAAAUCCUCUACUGUUGCUUCUACUACCACUGCUAGGAUUCAGAGUUCAGCUCCUUCAACAUUUAAGAGAUGGGGUGUAAAGCACCCCUUUUUUAGAUAUGGUCUUCCAAUGAUCUCUCUCACAGUGUUCGGAGCUGUUGGUCUUGCUCAUCUUAUACAAGGCAGCAAGGAUAUUGCGAAGGUGAAAGAUGAUCAGGAAUGGGAUAUUAUUGAGACCAAAAAACAACUGUCUAGAACAGGACCUGCCUAUAAGCCAAAACAUAUUUCUUUGGAAGAGGAGCUUAAGGUUUUGCAAGAGAAGGUCGACAUUAACAACUAUGAGUACAAGAAAAUUCCUCGGCCAAGUGAAAGCAAGUCACACUAGUUUGCACUCUUGUCAAAUUAUCAUGCAAUGGAAAACACUUAGGAUUUCCAUAAGUCAUGUAGCAACUUCUCAACUAUGGCCACUUUUUUGCCGCAAAAGCUUACAUACAUUUAUGCUCUGACUUAGUUGAUUGUUGUAGUUACUGAUAAUACUAGAACAAUUGUAGUUUUUCCCACAAAAAAACAAGGAUUUAGAAAUUCAUGCAAUUUGAAUAUAAAGUUGUACAUUCUAAAAUGCAAAGAGAAAUAAUUUAUUGCACUCCUUAUGAGGAAGAGUUUUAUUA